GGCAAUUUUGAUGUAUGUAUGAUAUUCAAGAAUCCGAUCACAAAGCUGCGCCUUCCUCCUGGUGCAUCCCCAGAGGACACAUGGCUGGUUAGAUAAUGAAAGGCAAUCACGUAUCAAUCAAAGCAAAAUAAAAUAAACAAUGUCCAGUCAGUCUGCGCCGAGCGGCCGGACUAAUGCCGAAGCUGCCGAUGGCCACGCGAAGAUGCUGGACUACCUUCAGCAAAUGUUGAAAGAGCUUGAAGAUGCUCAAGGAGGUCAGGAUGAGGAGGCACGUCAGGCCAUAGCUCGACUAAAGCAGAAGACUGAGGAGCUGGCGUCAGCACAAGAGGCAAACGCGAAGUCGAAGGGACCCCCUACAACUCAGCCUCCCUCAGACAUCGAGAUCGCCAGCACCUUGGAUAGGUUGGAGGAGCAGCUGGGAAAUUUGGAGGGCGUAUUGGCAGAUGCAGAUGAACACACACAGAACAUCGUGGGCAACAGUACCUCGUUGUGGCUUUCUGGGAGCUCUCAGAAAGCGCCUGAUCAAGAGGGUCCACUGGCAGACAAGGGAGUGAUCUGAACAUUAUAGCACAUUCUUACACAAAUCAUCAUGCAGCACACUGGUUUUGGAGUGCCUACAUCAUAGAGAGGAUAGCGGGCCAAGCAGAAUAGUAGGGUGUUUUCAAUAAGGUUGAACAGAGACAUUGUCAUCUGACGGAUGACCUAUGGAAUUAGCAAGACAGUGAGACUUAUAAAUUACACAGUGCCAAGACUCGCAUUGGCAACAUGUGCAAAACAU